AUGUAUAUUAGAGCUCUAUUAGUGUUAUGUGUAUACCUCGAUUUUGGCGUCACACAUCCUUCCUGGCACACGCCCACGAUUGAACAGCGACAAGUUCCCAGCGCUGAGCCAUCGCCAGCGGACUACCCUGACAUUCUUGACGGGAAAUACCAGGAUCCAAAUGGGGGUCCGUCGUUCCCUCCGUUGGAAGGUGUGUUCCCAAACACAUACAUAGACCCCAAAUGUACAAAUCCAGAGAUUAAGAUCCUCAAAGACGCAUGGGAAGGUGCAAAGCUAGUAGCAAUGGCACAGAAUGAUUCUAUUAGCGGUUACGACUAUAACUUUGCGCAUUCUACAUGGAUCGGCGAUAACUGGAACGAAAGGAGUAAUCAUAAAACCGAGUCCCGAUCAUCGAGCAUUACCGCCAACAUAAAACAAUUGGCCAGAUUAUUCGGAGGCAAGAUAGAGCCUGAUGAGCUUAUCGUUUGGCGUUGCUCAGAAUCUUCGAAACCUAAUAUACCCUGUGAUUUGGAUCAUCACCAUCACUUCCCGGCGAUCACUAAACAUCAUCGUGGACGUUGA